AUUACCCGGUUUCCCCCCCAAUCUCCCUCAUUUCCCUAAUUCCCUCCUUUCCCUCCUUCCCUCCCGAUCAUCCUCCGUCGCAGCCCCAGCCCCUCGCCGUUCGCAGGCCUUCACAGCCCCUUGCUGUCGCCGUUCGCAGCCUCCACAGCUCCUUGCCCCAACCGCCCCUCUUGUAGUUGGAUCGCUCGAAUCUGAGGUGACCGCAAGUGCUAGAUGCUGGGAAUUUAGUUGAAAUUGGAGGCGUUGCGGUUGAACAAGGCGAGCCAUUUUUUUUAAGACAUGAGCAGAAGCUUGGCAGCUCCGUGUCUCUCCCUCCCCUCUUCUUCAUAAACUGGGAGAGCCCACAGCAUAGUGAGACUCUCUCUCUUUCUCUCUACCCUCACUAUCAGGCAAGCAUGCUCUCUCUCUCUCUCUAGCAUGCUUGAUGUCUCUCUCUGGAAUUCACUUUUUGUGUCUAUUAUGCCUUGCUGCUAUUGGUCCGGUUCUGAUUGUCUCUUCUUUUCCCCUGUACUUUUUUGAUUCUUUGAAAAUCCUUAGUGGGUUUUUCUCCAAGGCUGACUCUUUCUGAGAGGGGGUUAUUGUAUUGUUUCUCCAUUUUGGAUGCCUCAGAAGUUGAGCUCAAGAUUUCGAAGGAAAUGAUACCUUCUGCUUGCAUUUUGUUGGGUUUUUCUUUCGGUUCACUUCUCUGAGAUCUGGUGGGGUAUGUCCAUUUUUUAAAAUAAAAAAGCUUUUUAAAGCUUGUUUUGCUUGGAAUGCAAAUGAAAUUAAAGAUAUUUCUGCCUUGUUGUUUUGUGAGAUUCUGAGAAUUGGUUAUCUUGUUUGUAUCUGUGUUAUUACUCAAUGGAAGUUGAUAGACUUAAUGGGAGAUUCAUUUUUGGUCCAAGGAUUUCGGCUUAUGGGCUCAAGAUCAGAUCAGCAAUGUUUACAUGAAACUAGGGCAUUGUAUAGCAAUUUGCACGUAAUAUUUCCUCUUGGUGAAACUGCUGCUGCAAUUCGAGGAGAAAAUGAACUUUGGCUUGCAAUGGUUCUUCAGAAUAAAAUCUUACUAGAUCUAAAGCUUGCACAGCUUGCUGCUGUCUAUGGAAGUCUAGUUUCUGAAGGGAUUAAAGCUCGGCCUUGGAAGAAUAACAGCUAUAUUUAUGAACCAUCUACCACUGUAUUGGAUGUCAUCAGUUUUUUGGAUGAACAAAGAAGCUCGCUAUUUGAAAUUCAAGAAAAACAUGGGGUAAAGAUACUUUGUGGUUUGGAUAGCCAAUUUUCUGGUAUGGUUGAAGCCUGGGCCUCUGGUCUAACCUGGAGGGAAAUUAUGAUGGACUGUGCAAUGGACGAGGGAGAUCUAGCUUGUCUCUUACGGCGAACAAUUGAUUUACUACCUCAGGUAACCCAAUUUCAGCAGAUGGCACUUCUCUGUAAUUGAUUUCUGAUCAGAGGGUGCAUGGCCAAGUCAUCUCACCGUUUUCUUUGGGUAUGUAACGGCAGAUUCCUAAAGGACUGUCACUGCAUUGACCGCUUCCAAUGUCGUGGACCUUCCACCGAUAAGCGAGCUGGCUGGAUGAAGUUAGACCACCAUUCUUACAGGUGAAUUCCUAGAGCGAACACAUUUUAUUCUAUUUGACAAGAUCCAAUAUGAUCAAGCCAAAUCCCAAACAUAUGUGCAAAUAAAAAAUUUUAAAUUCUUGUUUAAUUUAAUUGUAACAGUUUCAAAUUUCUACAGGGUCCGGUCGUAAAUUUGUGUACACACCAACUCCAUGUUUAUCUUUGUUCUCUGUUGUGGACUGAGAUAAGAUUACCUUUUUCUGCAAAAAAUUAUUCGGAGAUUAUUUGCUUUC